CAAAGUGGCCGCGAGCACGGCCAAGAUGGCGAAGCUGGUGUCACAUUUUCUGGUGCUGCCCAGCCGUGUGGCGCUAGCUGCCGCCGCCGCCACCUACUGGAUCGCAGUCUACACGCUAACGACCCUGGCCGGCGGCUUGUUCCUUCUGCGUAUGGCCUGGGUGGUCAUCAGGAGGCGAGGUCGGGCCUUCGAAUGGCGGCGCCGGGAGCGUCCGCCGGCCUGCCUCAGCGAUCCGUCUCUGGGGAUUCACGGCUUCGUCCGAGUGAAGGAUUCAGGGCUGCGGUUUCAUUAUGUAGAAGCUGGUGAGAGGAACAAGCAUUUGAUGUUGCUACUCCAUGGCUUUCCUGAGUUUUGGUAUUCUUGGCGUUAUCAGUUGCGGGAGUUCAAGAGUGAGUAUCGAGUGGUGGCAAUGGAUUUGCGUGGUUAUGGGGAUUCUGAUGCACCAUCUAGUCGAAUUGACUACAACCUGGACUAUUUGCUGAAAGAUGUCAAAGACGUUAUCGAAGCUCUAGGGCACAGCAGCUGUAUUCUAGUCGGGCAUGACUGGGGUGGCAUCCUGGCUUGGAACUUCGCAAUUUCCAAUCCGGAGAUGGUGGAGAGAUUGAUCAUCUUGAAUGCGCCACAUCCAAAUGUGUUCCAAGAUUACCUGAGUCCAUCCCAGCUGCUGAAGUCCAGCUAUGUAUUCUUCUUCCAACUGCCGAAGCUUCCUGAGCUUUUCAUGUGUAUGGAUGAUUUCAAGGCUUUGAAGAGUACAUACAUGAGUAAACAAAUGGGAAUUCAGAAUAAAAGCAGCAGAUUGACUGAGGAAGAGUUAGAGGCUUAUGUCUACAAUUUCUCUAAGCCUGGGGCUCUAGUGGCCCCCCUCAACUACUACAGGAAUAUCUUCAGCCACCUCCCAGCUAAGUGCCAUGAUGUGAUGGUGCCCACUUUGGUGAUCUGGGGUGACAAGGAUGGAGCUCUCGAAGUUGGCAUGACUGCCUAUAUGGAGCAAUACGUACACAGUGUGUUUCGGUUGAAGGUAGUCACUGGGGCCAGUCACUGGGUCCAGCAGGACCAGCCUGAUGUAGUCAAUAAACUCAUCUGGACAUUCUUGAAGGAAAGCAACAAGUAGACUCUGGAAUCCACACACGUGCAUGGUGCAACUUGACGUGUGUGAAAUGUAAUUUAUGCACAAUCUUCCUAAUGGAAAAAUAACUAACCGUAAAUGUAUAACUGAAAAAUUUUAUAGUGUCUUAAUUGAAUGUUAAAUGCAGCAAAUACUGAGAUUUGUGAUGUAGUCACUAAGUAACCAUUUGGGUAACAGAGCAAGUGAUCAUCUGUCCUCCUGCCAUUUUUUGUCCACUUGCUACAGAGUACUGACAAAUGUUUGAGUAAUGGAGAGAAAAUAAACUGCAACCCUGGGGGUGCAUGAUACCUGUUAGAGGUGCAUUUGCCAGGACCAGUGAUCUACCAUGGUAUCCCUUUGAAUAGGCUGUCAGUUAACACAAACUCCCUUCUGACAUGGCUGUUUUGUAUUGGGUUGUGCCUUGUAGGAUAAACUGCUAGGAAGGAUGAAUCAAUCAGCCCGAAAUUGUUUGUUUCCCACAUCUUGUCCAGAUACCUUGACAACCAGUAUGAUAUCCAUGAAGCAUCAGUGGCCAAUACUAUGUUCAUUCAAUGAUUGAUUAACAGACAUGGGAUUAUGUAUGAUCAGAUCACUGAAAGGUGAAGAGAGAUGAUGGUGUGAAUUGAAAGUGCGUUUUCAUUGUUAGAUAUUGGACUUGAUCUGCACUCAUAGCUUUUGUGCUGCUUUUCUAUCUUAUAAUUGUAGUUUUAUUGUAACCGUGCAAACAUAUUUGUGUCUCAGGUAGACAGGUAAAUUGCAGCUCCAAUAAGACCCAAGAAGCUGAACACCAGCCAGAAGCAAAUAGCCAACUUGAUUGGGACCCCAACUGUCAUUAAGCAUCCACUCUGCCCACUUGCUGUUAUUGUGGCAUCAAUGUGAGCCAUCUACAAAAUGAACUUCAACAUCUCACCAAGACUCCUUUGACAACACCUUUCAUCUAUGAGAAUAAGUGCAUCUAGCACACAGGGAUAUCACAACUUGCUAGUUCUCCUUCAAGUUGCACACCAUUGUCAGUGGAACUCCAAACUUCCUAACAUCUUUUUCGAUAAUGUUACACCAGCAACCUUGGAGGCUGAGAGGAAGGUGGACAACUGGUACUCUCUGGUGGUCAUGCUGAAAUUCCUGAUUCAAAACAAAUCUUUUGUCUUUCUUUUCUCUUUGUUCUUUCUGUCCUGUCUCUCCAUUGCUGUGUGUCUACCUCUUUCUUGGUUCUGGAUGUAGUUUGCUCGCUGAGCUGGAAUGUUCAUAUUCAGAUGUUUCGUCACCAUACUAGGUAACAUCUUCGGUGAGUCUCUGGACGCAGCAUUGCUGAUGAUUCCUGCUUUCUAUUUAUACGUUUGGGUUUCUUUGGGUUGGUGAUGUCAUUGAUGGUGCAAGGACUGUAACAAACAUUACACUGGAUAAACAGGCAGAAAACUAGCCACCAGGAUACAUGAACAUUAACGAGCCACUUCCUCUCUUACAUACAGAUGAGGAAGGACACCACUUUGACUGGGACAACACAUCCACCCUAGGACAAGCCAAACAGAGACACACACAAGAAUUCCUAGAAGCAUGGCAUUCCAACUGGAACUCUUAUCAACAAAUAGAUUGACUUGGACCCGACUUAACACCCCCUGAGAAAAAGAACAGGAAAUGACAUCAACACAGGAAAUGACAUCACUAAC